AUGCUUUGUGAGUCCAUAUCUAAACUUGUAACCAACGUAAGAGAAUGGGACUCCUUAAUACCUUUGGUACUCUUCGCUUACCAAACUGCUAAACAAAGCAUGACGAGAAUUUCUCCAUUUUUCUUGGUCUAUGGAAGGGAGGCUAGAUUUCUGAUUCAUUCUAGUAAAAAUGAAGAAUUAUUAGAAGGAACGUUUUUACACAAACUUUUCAAAUUAAUUGAAGUAUUACCUGAAGUAAGAAAUAAUGCCAUGAAGCAAAAUACAUGA